CCGAGCGUUUUAUUUGUGAUUUUAGCACGGCGCUGCGAGGUCCACGUCGCUCAUUCGCUCCGUGCCCGCUAGACAGCUCCAAUUCGAAAACGACGUAAACGUUGUUCAGCCCCGUUCGUUCGCCAAGCGCGCGUAAUUCAAAGUUAUCAAUACUCGAAACACUGUUAUUCCGGAUCGGUCAAAAGUGCAGAAAGCAUCGCUUGAAAGUGCAUGAAAAUAUCUUGAAAUCAACUGGAAAAUAUUAUAUUCGAAAUAGUGAACAAAACAAGAGUUCGAUCUGCCAUGUCGUCCAAGUUCUGUGAUGCCGCUCUGGGUCGCUCCUACGCCUGCUCGUCCCGCUUCCCUUCGGGACACCUGCUGGCCGCCCUCUGAUCCGCCCAGGACCACGCCCACUGACUGACAGGGAUCGUACCGCCCUGAACACACAAAAACUCCAAAGCGUUACCUUUUUUUUCGUUUUCCAUCUAUUUGGAUAUAAACGUUGUGAAACUGAGAACGGCCCAGCCGAAAAUGUGCACUGAGGUGAAUUCCGCGAUGGGUCUUCAAGCAACAGCCGCCACCAAGCGGAAGCAUGAGCUGACCUUCGAUAGCAAGGAUGCCAACACCACCUACACGGGCAACUGUGCCCCGCCCCCCAUCAAGGCCAACAAGUGGGCCAUUAGCAACAACAACUACCUGGAAUCGCUCGAGGAGCAGCAGCAGCAAUCGCAGCAGCAGCAGCAAUCGGAGCCAGCUGUCGAGUCCAACAACAACCAUAUUGUGCUGGAGUCAUCCACCAUGGAUUUGGAUGCGAUGAAGCCCACAACGGAGCCAAGUAUUAGCAAUGGUCAUGAAGUUACUACCGCAGCGGUGGUUGCCUCGCUGAAGAGUCAAGCGGAGGUGCCACUGCCGCCGACGGCGAGUGCGGCGAUACCGGAGGAUAGUAUCGCCCGGCUGGAGGUGGUCACCUCGGCCGUUCCCUGUGAGCCCUGGACAACUGCGGGUUCAGCGACUCCCUCCACACCCUCGGUGGUGUCCGCUGAACCCGUGGACUGCAUCUCCAAGCUGCAAGCGGUGGCGGUGCCCAGUGAUCCUUGGGGCUGCAUUGCCACCCGCUCCACGCUAGCCACCACUCUGCUGAGUGCCGAUGAGCUGGACGACGAUGAUGAUGACUUCGAGGACGACUACGAGGAGGAGGAGAGCAUCAUACCCACCUACUGUCCCAUGCGCUAUCAUCCCUUUGUGUCGCAUCCGCACAACCAUCCGCUGGUGCCGCAUCCCCACCAGCAGCAGCAACAGCAACAGCAGCAGCAACUCUCCCAGCAGCAACCACAUCCCCAGCAGCAGCAGCAGCAACUCGCUCAGCAGCAGCAGAGGAGCUAUGCCCCUGGAUAUGGCAGCAGGCAGCCCAACUACUACUCGGAGCCAUUCCCCCAGCAGAAUUGCUCGCGAACCGGAGGACCGCAGCACAUGACGCAGCAAUCUCCGCCAGCGCCGCAGCAGGCGAGGGGUUUUGCUCCUCCUCAAUGGGCGACGUCCAACGGAAGUGCCGCGAAUCCCGCAGUGGGAGGAGCCCAGCAGUUCUACGAGGCCACCAACGGAGGAGGAGGAGCCUAUGCCCCACCAGCGGCGCCUCAACAAACCAUUCGCUGUGCGGAGAAUGGCAAAUCCUAUCUGGAUCUGGGUUGCAGUAGUGGUGCAGCAUCCGCUGGAGGUGGCUCCCCCAUUAGUCCGCCACCCUCCUCGCCGCCCGUCGUUCCCUUCGCCGGUUUGCCACUGCAUGGCCUGCCCCUCAAGCGCUGCUGUGAUGGACGCCCCGGUGGCUGGUGCAGUGCCAACCGGAGCUGCUACAAGGACACCCGGCUGAAGAUACGCAAUCUGUCCAUGUUUAAGCUCUCCCGUUUUAGGCAGGUUUCGGAGCAGUCGCUCUACCGCUCGGUGCUCAUUUGCAAUACCCUGAAGCGCAUCGAUCGCGAGAUCGAGGCGGAGGCCAAGGAGCUGCACCAGGCGGCGCAGCAGCAUCACCAGCAGGCGGCGGCGGCAGCAGCAGCAGCGGCAGCGGCGGCGGCACAAGCGGCGCAAUACCAUCCAGCCUAUCAGCAAUCUCCGCCAGCGCCACUGCAUCCGCAUCCCCAGCAGCAGCAGCAGCAGCAGUUGGACUAUGCGCCUGUGCUGAACUGUGCCCGCUUGGCCAACAUGGAUCACUACCAGCAACUGAGUUUCCAGCCACAACAGCAGCAGCAGCAGCAGCAGCAGUACCACGAGCGACUGGAGAGCCAGCCUACAGCAGCCUACAGGGGAGUGGGCUUUGCCACGCAGCAGCCCAGCAACUGUGAUACUUCGAGCAGCAAUACCAGCGGCAACAGCAGCAACAACUCCGCGGCGACAGCAGCAACAACGGCGAGCGGCAGCAGCAGUUUGCAUCCCUACGAUCACUAUCCCUUUCGGGAGUCGCAGUCGGGUCGUGCCACGCCCUUUCCCGCCUGCCCCACCACCACAGCAGCAGCAGCAGCGGCAGCUUCUUCGGCAGCAGCAGCAGCAGCAACAACCAGCAACAGUUCCCCCGCCAGCAGCAGUAGCAGUAUAAACACCACUGCUUCAACGGUGAUGAGCAGCAGUAGUAGUAGUGGUAACUCAUCGAGCACCGCAGCUACCCCUCCAAUUGCCCCAAGUGGCAGCAACAACUGCGAUACCAGCGACUCCGGCUAUGCGGACGACGACUCCACCCGUUCGAUCAACUGGAGUUCGGUGCUCAGCCUGAGUUCGCAAUCGGCGCUGGAUCCGCUGAACAACAAUGAUCUAUUUAGCAUAUUACCAGCGGCGGCAACACCUACAGCUGUGCCCGUUUCAGUGCCAGCAGCGGCCAGCAGUUCCAGUUCAUCCUCGAGCUCAACGCUGGCCUUCAGCGGCAGCUUCACCACCGUUCAGGCAAGCAGCGGGAGUAGUAGUUCCUGUGGCAGCAGCAGCAGCUCCACCACCGCCACCUUUACCACCCUCUCGACCAUCUCCUCGGCCACCCACUCGCUGACCUCGUCGUAUGUGAGCAGCAUUAGCUCGAAUGUUUCGGCGGCGGCGAAUACCUGGGAGUACGGAUUCCUGGACAUGGAGUUCGGCUUGGGUUCGGAGUUCACCGAGCUAGUGCCCAGCUGUAAGCUCAGCUCGGAGGAUCUGUUCAAGAGCGGUCUGGGUGGCCAGGUGGUGGCCGCCUCCCGGCUCCAUGACAACGAGCUGGAGCAGCCCGCCCACAUCAUGGUCGGCAGUUAGUAUCAGUUGUAGAGGACGACGACGAGGACGACGUGCUGGUCGCGUCGCCUGCUGGCGCCCACUAGCAAUUCCAAGCAGUAUUGAAAUGAAAACGAUGUUACGGGGAAGGGAAUUUAACGGACGGGGGGGUUCUUAAAUGCUAAAUAUGCUCAGGUUGUGAACGUGCAUGAAUAUAUUUUAUAUCCCAAAAAACCAACUCCCCCCCUCUUAAAGUCCCUUUCCUCACAUCACAAGCAAUCGGAGGACACAGAAAUUAUAAAAUUGCAAUCUAUAAACAAGAAAUUCGUAACUAAGUGAGAGAAUCGAUGAAAGAACAAUGAUUAUGACAAAUGAGCAAGCAAAACUAUUAGCAAAUUUUUGAUAAGUGUAAAUAUUGUUAGUCUUAAGGCAGAGCAGCGAACAUCUAGCCAAGUAAGUUUGAAACGGAAGCAAAAACAAAAAAUUCUAUAUAUUAGCGUAACUUUAGCUUUGUUAGUUGCAAUUGUUGCAGUUUUUCGAUUCAACAAACACACGAGAUCAAGCAGAAAACAACAACAACAACAGCGUCAGAAUGAACAACAAAAGGCCGUUCAAACUAAACACAGAACACCAGAGAUCAAUUAACAAAAUUUACGUUUUGGCCUAAAGACGAUGAUGCAGCAUUCGGCAGCAAGACAAAAUUGAGAUGAGAAAUCGAAAAACGUUUACUAUAUUACUAGCCAUAAGUAUUAUUAUUUAUAUACAAAAACCGCAGAAAACAACAAACAAACAAAAGAACAACUUAAAACAAAGUUUUAUAAAAGAAAAAACAAAGAAAAAACC